AGAAGCGGGGGCUCGUGUGGGAGGAGUCUCGUGAAGACGGGAACCUGAAGCUAACGGGAGAAGAAGAAUCAUUCUCCCCUCCAAUUUGAAUCGUCGAUACUCCGUGUGUUUCAACACAACAACAAACUACCAAAAAUGGACGCCAUUAAGAAGAAGAUGCAGGCCAUGAAGAUCGAGAAGGACAACGCUCUCGAUCGUGCCGAUGCCGCUGAAGAGAAAGUCCGUCAGAUCACCGAGAAGCUCGAAAGAGUCGAGGAAGAGCUCAGAGACACCCAGAAGAAGAUGACUCAGACCGGAGACGAUUUGGACAAGGCUCAGGAGGACCUCUCCGCCGCCACCUCCAAGCUCGAGGAGAAGGAGAAGACCGUUCAAGAGGCUGAGGCUGAGGUCGCUUCUUUGAACCGUCGCAUGACCCUCCUCGAGGAAGAGCUCGAGAGAGCCGAGGAGCGUCUGAAGAUCGCCACCGAGAAGCUCGAAGAGGCUACCCACAAUGUCGACGAGUCUGAGCGCGUGCGCAAGGUUAUGGAGAACCGCUCCCUUCAGGAUGAGGAGCGCGCCAACACCGUUGAGGCCCAACUUAAGGAGGCUCAACUUCUCGCCGAGGAGGCUGACCGCAAAUACGACGAGGUCGCCCGUAAGCUCGCCAUGGUUGAAGCUGAUCUUGAGAGAGCUGAGGAGCGUGCCGAGGCCGGAGAGAACAAGAUCGUCGAACUCGAGGAGGAGCUCCGUGUCGUCGGAAACAACUUGAAGUCACUUGAGGUGUCCGAGGAGAAGGCUCUCCAACGUGAGGACUCGUACGAGGAGCAGAUCCGCACCGUCUCAUCCAGACUGAAGGAGGCUGAGACCCGUGCCGAAUUCGCUGAGCGUUCCGUCCAGAAGCUCCAGAAGGAGGUCGACAGACUCGAAGAACUCCGUGACGCGGAAGUCCUUAAAGCACGCCAAUUACAAGAUGAGCUUGACCAUAUGGUUCAAGAGCUCAAUUCAGUUUGAGAAUGUGUCCUAACAUCUUCUUCUUCUUCUUCUUCUUCGACUGAUGUGUUUGUGUAUAAAUUUCAUUAAAUGUUUCCUAAUUCACUUGCUGUGUGAGAUGAUGAUAUUCUAAUCAAAUGUUAUAUACGAAUUGGUGCACGAGAAGGAACGCUACAAGACCAUCUCCGAAGAACUCGAUUCCACCUUCCAAGAGCUCUCCGGAUAUUAAACAUCCAUGUCCUAUCGCGUUCCUUUUUUCCCCCCGCCUACUUGUAUUUUCGUCACAACAUCUUAUCCCCCCCACCCAAAAACCUUUGAAACCAUCAAAACCACUCAAACUUUCCUAUUUUCUUUACUUUUUUAAAUACUUUUUAUAAAAGCUUCACAUUAUCAACUGUUUUUCUCUGUGUAUUCAUCCCCACCCCUCCCAUCCAAAAACCAAGAAUUCUCUUUUAGCAGAUGAGAAGCUUCAAUUGUUCUUUUUUCUUUCUCUCUCAUGCAAAUGUUCUUCGUUUACAAGAGCCGGCAGCUUUUUUUCUUCUCGGAUAAUAAAUUUUUGACUGGAAG